UCCCAGAACUGAAAACAAACUUAGUUAAACACAGAAAUCCGAUAAACUGUAGGCCUUUCGCGAACGUUUUAAAAAAGUAAACAUCGUGUCCUUAGGAAGAGUUAUAUCCUUGUGUUUUGAAUUGUGUGUUGAGGCUUUUCUGCAUUCUACAUGACGUGAUCUUCAUUAGUAGCAAAUAAAGUUCUGCUGUUGGAAACAUGAGCUCACCGCUGUCAACCCUGAGGAAGAACAAACGAGUUCCUCUACCAGACAUUCAGAGUGAUGGGGAAAGAAAGCCUUACAAAGAAAGGUCAGACACUGACUAUGAAGCUAAAUUAUUCAGAGAUAUUUUUCCACAAAACCAGUCAGUGCCACACAUCACGGACGGUCUUUCCGCUGUAAGAUCAAAGGUGGUGCAAAAGAAGAAGGCAAAAGAAGCUCCACCAAGUGAUUUUGAACUGAUGUCAAGUAUGAUGCAGAAGAUCGUUCAGCUUGAGAGAAAGGUGAAAACUCAGGCUGUGGAUAUCGAGCAAAAGGCAAGAAGAAUAGCAGUUCUGGAAGAGAAACUGAAUAUUCUGCAAAAGGCAAAAGAGAAAUCGACAGAUAAUGAGAACCAACAUGAAGAACUGGUUAAACUGUGCCUCAAGUUUCAAAACCAAGUGUGGGAAAUGGAGAAGUUUCUUAAUGAUUAUGGAAUGAUCUGGGUCGGAAGCUACGAAGAACACGAUGAGCAGGCCAACAGCCAACUUCCUGGAGCAACUAAUGCACGCAGGAGUUUUGAAAUGAACUUUGACCUAGUCCUGCAGAACAUCCAGGAACUGAACAUCACAGCAGGGGAAGGGGAGUCCCAUGUGAUCGCUAUUCCUGGUGGAGCCAAACUUACCCAGAAGUCUUCAAUACCUCUUUGGCUCUACAAAAACGGCAUUGUCAUGUUCAGCGGUCCAUUCCGCUCCUAUCAAGACCCAAGCACACAGGAAUGCAUGCAUGACUUGAUGGAUGGUUUUUUUCCUUCUGAGCUUCAGGAAAGGUUUCCUAACGGUGUGCCCUUCCAGGUUCAUGACAAACGGGACGAGGAGUUCAUAGUUAGGAAACCAGGGACUGAGUUUCCUGGAAGAGGACAAUCUAUAGACGGAGCAGGAGGGCAUUCAUUCCACAAAUCUGAGCAGACCAGCUCCACAGCACCAAAACAGAGUCAGAUACCAGGCAAAAAGCUCUCCAUAGAACAGUUCCUGCGGAAGCUCCCAGAGACUGUGGUGAAGGAAGGCAAAGUGAUAAGUAUACGUGACUCAAUCAAGGCCCAUCUACUGGGCUUUCCCGACGGUGUCAAAAGUCACUCGGCGACCACUGUGGAAACAUCCGCCCUGCAGGCCUUGAGAGAACGUGAGACAGACUCUACACAAUCAGCAGAAGACAUCACCACACUACGACUGAAGUCUGAGAAUGCCAUGGAGACGUUUAUCAUUAAAAUGUACUUCAAUGAGACUAUCGGAGAUCUCCGUCACUAUCUGGACCUGAAAAGAGGAACGGGUGCUGCACCAUAUGACAUCAUUAGUGCAUUUCCACAACGAUGCUACAGUGAUGACGCACAGACGCUACUGUCAUGUGGUUUGACUCCAAACGCAGCGCUGCUCCUGCGUCCACAAGCUUCAUCUCACAGACAAUGUGGAGACACAUACAGAACGACCUUAAACAAGUUAAACCACCAUCAUCUCAUGUCACAUAUCGAGUGAGCAUCAUUAAAUCACUUUCAAGGUGAUGCUACAACAUUGCUGACUCCAAAUGUCUCACAUACAUACGUUUUGGAAAUGGAUACACUACCAGUCAAAAGUUUUUGAACAGUAAGAUUUUUUUUAAGUCUCUUCUGCUCACCAAGCCUGCAUUUAUUUGUUCUAAAGUGCACCAAAAACAGUAACAUUUUUAAAUAUUUUUAUACUGUAUAUUGUACUAUUUAAAACAAUUUUCAUUAAAACAGUUUUAAAAUGUAAUUUAUUCCUGUGAUUUCAAAGCUGAAUUUUUAGCAUCAUCACUCCAGUCAUGUGAUCCUUCAGAAAGUAUUCUAAUAUUCUGAUUUGCUGCUUAAAAACAUUUAUUAUUAUUAUUAUUAUUAUU